GAAGAGUUGAUAAAAUCAUGUGAAAUUAGGCUCUCUGAGUCGAAGAUGAUCUAAUGCAAACAAAGCAACUCAUCAUCUCCUUUCACUCAUCUUUUCUGCACAGUUUCUCAUCGUCAGCAUUAACAUAUUACAACUCCAGAAAUUCCCUGCUCUUCUCCUGUUUCUGCACACUAAGCCCUCCAAAAACCUCUAAAUCCUACACGCUCAAGAAGUGCAUUGCGCUCUUGCUGACAUGUGCCUCUUCCAAAUUCAGAUUGAAGCAGAUCCAUGGCUUCUCCAUCAGGAAUGGUGUUCCUUUCACCGACCCGGACCUUGGGAAACACCUCAUCUUCACCUUGGUUUCUCUUUCAGGUCCCAUGUCCUAUGCCCACCACAUCUUCUCGCAAAUCCAAAACCCAAACAUAUUUACUUGGAAUACCAUGAUCAGAGGGUAUGCUGAGAGUGAAAACCCUGCACCAGGCAUUCAAUUGUACCGUCAAAUGCAGAUUUCCUCCAUUGAACCUGACACCCACACCUACCCUUUUCUUCUCAAGGCCUGCGCAAAGCUGCUGACCGUCAGAGAAGGUGAGAAGAUACACUGCACUGUCAUAAGAAAUGGGUUUGAAGCAUUGGUCUUUGUUCAGAAUACUUUGGUUCACAUGUAUGCUGCCUGUGGGUUUUAUGAGAGCGCGCACAAGUUGUUUGAGUUAAUGCCUGAAAGAAACCUCGUGACAUGGAACUCUGUGAUUAAUGGGUUUGCUCUUAAUGGGAGGCCCAAUGAGGCUCUGACGCUUUUCAGGGAUAUGGGCUUGGAGGGUGUUGAACCAGAUGGUUUCACCAUGGUUAGUUUGCUCACUGCUUGUGCUGAGCUUGGAGCUUUGGCUUUGGGUAGGAGGGCUCACGUGUACAUGCUGAAGGUUGGUUUGAACAGUAACUUGCAUGCUGGGAAUGCCCUUGUAGACCUCUAUGCAAAAUGUGGGAGCAUUAAAGAGGCACAUAGAGUAUUUUUUGAGAUGGAGAGAAAGAAUGUUGUCUCUUGGACUUCUUUGAUUGUUGGCUUGGCCGUUAAUGGGUUUGGCAAGGAAGCAAUUGAGCUCUUUGUGCAGCUGGAGAGGGAGGGAUUGGUUCCCACUGAGAUUACCUUCGUUGGGGUCUUGUAUGCUUGCAGUCAUUGUGGAAUGGUGGAUCAGGGAUUUGAGUACUUCAAGAGGAUGAGGGAAGUAUAUGGGAUCAUGCCUAAGAUAGAACAUUAUGGUUGCAUUGUUGAUUUGCUUGGUAGGGCAGGGUUGGUACAAGAAGCACAUGAUUUUAUUCAAAAUAUGCCACUGCAGCCCAAUGCUGUUGUUUGGAGGACUUUGCUUGGCGCUUGCACCAUUCAUGGGUAUUUGGCCUUAGGAGAAGUUGCACAAGCACACCUUGUCCGAUUAGAACCCAAACAUUGCGGCGACUAUGUGCUGCUUUCCAACUUGUAUGCGUCUGAGGGGAGGUGGUCAGAUGUGCAAAGGGUAAGGAGGAAAAUGUUGAGGGAAGGAGUGAGGAAAACCCCUGGUCAUAGUCUUUUUGAGCUAGGGAACUGUGUGCACGAGUUUGUCAUGGGUGAUCGGUCUCACCCACAAAGUAAGGAGAUAUAUGAGAAGCUUGAAGAGAUCACAAGGUUAUUGAAGUUGGAAGGUUAUGUGCCCCGCACGGUGAAUGUGCUUGCAGACAUAGAGGAGGAGGAGAAAGAGAAUGCACUAUGUUAUCAUAGUGAGAAGAUUGCAAUUGCUUUUGCUCUGAUCAAUACCGCUCCUCGGACCCCAAUUAGGGUUGUGAAGAACUUGAGGGUUUGUGCAGAUUGCCAUUUGGCUAUUAAGCUCAUCUCGAAGAUUUUUGAUCGAGAGAUUGUCGUUAGGGAUCGUAGUCGAUUCCACCAUUUUAGAGAUGGAUCUUGUUCUUGUGGGGAUUAUUGGUGAAAGAUAUUUAUUAUGGGUUAAUUUUGUUUGUUGAGUGAACUUGGUAGGGUCAAUGCCAAAGAUAAGCAGUCCUAUUCAAAAAGAACAGAAGGAAGAAUUUAAUUAGUUGGACAUUUUACUGUGCCAUUGUAUAAUUUAUAAGAAGGAAUUGUCAUGCCAAAGAUAUGCACAUUUCUCUUUUUCUUGUUUU